AUGCCCUGGCCCACCGACACGUACCGCAGCGUGCAGGCGACGCUGGAGCGCGCAGGCGUCAACGUCCAGUCGCUGCAAGUCUUCCCGGACCUGUGCUCUGCAAGCGUUGACGUGGUUGCCGACAGCGAGGAGACGUUCCGAAGCUUGCUGCCACUGCCCAUUGACACGGCGGCGAGCGCCUGUCGUCUGGAGGCGCGCCACGCACCGCUGCACCGCAUUGUCGUCACGUGCACCUUGCACAGCAAGCCCACCUCGGGCCGCGACAUUGUGCAGGCGGUUGAGAUGAACUUUGGUGGCAAGGCGAAGCUUGUGCCCAUCCCACAGUCCCUCAAGGACACGCUGUCCCGCAUCCAUCCGUUUGCCAGCACACGCAUAACUGAACAAGAACAAGAACAAGGAGCACAGCAGCAGGAUGGUGGAGGUGGCAGUGAGGCACAUGAUGUUAUUGCCAAGCCCACGGCUAAAGACGGCGAUGGUGACAGCAAAAGCAGCAAGAGCAGCGGCGCGUCCUCUGAGACCACACUGCAGCGCGUGUUUGUGCUGGAGACAACGGACACGCUUUGCCACCUCUGUCUCCUGUGCUACCCGAACGACGUGCACGUGGCAGUGCUCGACCCCAAGCUGGGCGGCCUCCUGUCGGACCUCGUCGACGCAUUCAACAAGGGCAGCGUGGCCAAGGACCUUGAUGUGCUGGCGGCUGUAACCAUGGGCAACCGCAUCUGCUUCACGGGCAGCACUGCCGUGCCGGUGUGGUCGCAGGCCAAGCUGCUUGCAGGCUUCCUCGCGCCCGCCUUCCACUCGUUUGCCCGCAGCGACCGCGUGCUGGGCGACGACAAGAUCAUGGAGCACGUACUGAACGACUACGGCCUCAAGCUCGGGCGCUACCCGACGCCUGGCCUGCUGCCCUACGCAGGCACGGCACACGGGGCCGUGCGGGAUGUGUGGAGUUUGAGCGGCUGCCGCCCGUCACCGACACCCCGCGCUUAUACACACGUGCGACCUGGACGGCGGGGCGCCAUGCUGCUGGAGUACUCGCUGUACUACUACCUGGACCAGGACAGGGAGCGCGGGCUCAGCUACAUCAACAGCACCAUCGGUGCCAACAUUAAGUCGCAGACGACGAUCAGCGUCACGGGCAUGCAAUACCGCUUCCUGGACUCGCAGCUGCUUGAGCUGGCUCGCAAGUUCCGCGUGUAUGUGCGCAAGCCCAGCGCGGAGGACAGGGACGCGUGCGCCUCGAGCGUGCCCGUGACCGUGGAGGGCAUGCAGCGGCAGCUGACGGCAUUUAACAACGCGGUGUGGGACACGCUCAAGGAGUACCUGUGCCACGUGCUCGGGCUGCCGGUCAUUGACACGUCGCACGUGCCGGAGAUGUCCGAGGCGGACGUCACCUUCCUGAAGCGCAAGCUGUUCAAUUACCUGACCAAGGCCAGCCGCACGCUGUGCCGCAGCAAGGACAGCGUGGUGAGCUAUGUUGCGCCACAGGACGUGAUUGGCACGCCCUCUGAGCGCAACGUGUGGAUGGCUGGCCGCCGAGAUCUAAUGCAAACGGUCAUCCCAACGAUGGAGUCGACGUUCCGCACCAUUGCCCACAUCCGGCCCACGCGCCACGUGUGCCAGGUGCCCAUGUCCGUGACCAAGGAGCUGAAGCGUCUGCGCAAGAAGGCGUUGGUGCUGAUGCCAGUUAUACCGCAAGCACGGGCGCUCCUUCGGCAACUGCAAAUGCUUCUGCUGCCACUGCUGCUGGCGACGAUGGGGCGACAGCCUGUCGAUCUCGGUACCCACGCAGUGCUCGAAGGACUGCGCAAGGAGAUGGCGGCGGCGUCGGAGGUGCUGCUGCCGACCACGUGCGAGAGGCUGUUCCCGGCCAAGGUGAAGCAGGCCGUGUGGGAGGUGGAGCUGUACCAGUACCACGCCAUCGGCGAGUCGCUGCCCGCGGUGCAGCUGCAUGCGAAGCUGAAUAAUACGACAGCGGCAGCGUGCCAAGGACCCUUGAUGUGCUGGCGGCUCACUGCCGUGCCGGUGUGGUCGCAGGCCAAGCUGCUUGCAGGCUUCCUCGCGCCCGCCUUCCACUCGUUUGCCCGCAGCGACCGCGUGCUGGGCGACGACAAGAUCAUGGAGCACGUACUGAACGACUACGGCCUCAAGCUCGGGCGCUACCCGACGCCUGGCCUGCUGCCCUACGCAGGCACGGCACACGGGGCCGUGCGGGAUGUGUGGAGUUUGAGCGGCUGCCGCCCGUCACCGACACCCCGCGCUUAUACACACGUGCGACCUGGACGGCGGGGCGCCAUGCUGCUGGAGUACUCGCUGUACUACUACCUGGACCAGGACAGGGAGCGCGGGCUCAGCUACAUCAACAGCACCAUCGGUGCCAACAUUAAGUCGCAGACGACGAUCAGCGUCACGGGCAUGCAAUACCGCUUCCUGGACUCGCAGCUGCUUGAGCUGGCUCGCAAGUUCCGCGUGUAUGUGCGCAAGCCCAGCGCGGAGGACAGGGACGCGUGCGCCUCGAGCGUGCCCGUGACCGUGGAGGGCAUGCAGCGGCAGCUGACGGCAUUUAACAACGCGGUGUGGGACACGCUCAAGGAGUACCUGUGCCACAUGACCGAGUCGGACGUCACCUUCCUGAAGCGCAAGCUGUUCAACUACCUGACCAAGACCAGCCGCACGCUAUGCCGCAGCAAGGACGGGAUGGUGAGCUAUGUUGCGCCGCAGGACGUGAUUGGCUGGCACGCCCUCUGA